AUGAAACUCUCACUUGGUACACCAUCCCACCUCUACUGGGCCACUCUCGUCACUGUUAGCGACCUCAUAUGGACGAUGUGCCGUCCUUGUGACUCCUGCUCCGGCCAAACAUCAAUGUUUGAUCCACUUCAGUCAUCCACCUACAAGAGCCAGACCUGCUCUGCCAGCUCUUGCAUGGAACUGCCCAUUCAUGGUUGCACUAUCAACCAACUUUGCGGAUUCAUAUAUUCCUAUGAAGACAAAUCCUUCGUAGAAGUGAUACUGGCCUCGGAAACGCUCUUGUUUGACAAUGGUGCUGGCACCGUCAAGCUUCCAGAAAUUGUCUCUGGUUGUGUUCAUCAGGAUGGCCCUCCUAAUCCCUCCUUGCUUGAAGUUCCUGACCUUGUUGGCCUCGGAGGUGGUCCUCUCUCACUUGUAAAUCAGAUUGGCUCUUCUAUUGAUGACAAUUUUGCCUACUGUUUUUCCUCCCAAUAG